UAAAUACAAAAUUUCUUUUUUGGCCUCUCUCUCUCUCUCUCUCUCUCUCUCCCUCUCUCUGUGCUGCUCCUUCGACCUCUCUCUCUCUCCUCCCCCUUCCUCUUUCUCUAAUAUCUCUGAGCUUCCUUUAGCCAUUGACAAAGCUCUGUUCCUCGAUUUGAUUCCAGGUUCACUUAUUGGCUCGCAAGUGGAGUUGGAGUGUGGUGGAAAGAAUUUUGGAGUGAGCAAUGGCGGGAACUGCAAGUGAGGAGUCUGGAGUGGGAAGGUCCGUGGAGGGAAUUUCAACCGGGCAGCGUUGCCAAUCUGGGGAAGCAUUGGCAGAAUGGCGGUCUUCCGAGCAGGUGGAAAACGGAACCCCAUCAACUUCGCCUCCUUACUGGGAUUCUGAUGAUGAUGAUGAUGGAGGGCCCAAACCUUCUGAGUUAUAUGGAAAACAUACGUGGAAGAUAGAGAAUUUUUCACAGAUUAACAAAAGAGAACUUCGUGGUAAUCAAUUUGAGGUUGGCGGAUACAAAUGGUACAUUUUAAUUUACCCCCAAGGCUGUGACGUCUGCAAUCAUCUUUCUUUGUUUCUUUGUGUUGCUAAUCAUGACAAACUUCUUCCAGGCUGGAGUCAUUUUGCACAGUUCACUAUAGCUGUGGUGAACAAAGAUCCAAAGAAAUCUAAAUAUUCUGAUACUUUACAUCGAUUCUGGAAGAAAGAGCAUGACUGGGGGUGGAAAAAAUUCAUGGAGCUGUCAAAAGUUUCAGAUGGGUUUAUUGAUGCUGACACUCUUAUAAUAAAGGCUCAAGUUCAAGUCAUAAGGGAGAAAGCAGAUAGGCCCUUUCGUUGUCUUGAUUGUCAGUAUAGGAGAGAACUUGUUAGGGUCUAUUUAACAAAUGUGGAGCAGAUUUGCCGGCGAUUUGUAGAAGAGAGAAGAAGCAAGCUUGGGAAGUUGAUAGAUGAUAAAGCUAGGUGGUCAAGCUUCCGUGCUUUCUGGUUGGGAAUUGACCAAAAUGCUAGGCGUCGUAUGUCCAGGGAGAAGAUGGAUGUGAUUCUAAAAGUAGUUGUGAAGCAUUUCUUUAUAGAAAAGGAAGUCACUUCUACUUUGGUAAUGGAUUCCUUGCAUAGUGGCUUAAAGGCUCUUGAAGGCCAGAUGCAGUGUAAGAAAGGGAGAAUGAAAUUGUUGGAGGCUGAAGAAAUGUCAGCCCCCAUUGUUCGCAUGGAAAAAGAUAUGUUUGUAUUGGUCGAUGAUGUCCUAUCAUUGCUUGAGAGGGCUGCCAUGGAUCUAUUGCCUCCAAAAGAUGACAAGGGUCCUCAGAAUCGUACAAAGGAUGGAAACUCUGGAGAGGACUUCAACAAAGAUUCUAUUGAGCGUGAUGAGAGGCGUCUUACAGAAUUGGGUCGCAGAACUGUGGAGAUAUUUGUCCUUGCCCAUAUUUUCAGCAAUAAAAUCGAGGUAGCAUACCAGGAAGCUGUGGCUUUGAAGAGGCAAGAGGAGCUCAUCCGCGAAGAAGAGGCAGCAGCAUGGCUUGCUGAAAGUGAGCAGAAGGCAAAACGCGGAGCAACUGAAAAGGAAAAGAAAUCAAAGAAAAAUAAGGCCAAACAAAAACGAAAUAACCGGAAAGGGAAGGAAAAGGGGAGGGAGGAAAGGCCUGGCAUGGCGGUACAAGACAAGCACCAACUGGAAAACCCCAAUGAUGAAAAACAUGACAGCAUUAUGGAGGAGGAGCAACCUGCAGUUGAGAAGCCUGAUACACUGGAAGAUGUUUCCGAUGUCUCUGAUUCAGUAGAUGGUGUUUCAGAAAUUCCUCAGCCUGAUUCAGAAGACCGCGAUGCUAGUCCUGUCAAUUGGGAUACCGACACAUCAGAAGUUCAUCCUCUAAUGGAAGCCACUAGUAGUGGAAUUAAUUCCCUGUCAUCUGUACAAAAUGGUGUUGUUGAAAGAAAGAGUCAUUCAAUAAUGGAUGAUAGUUCUUCAACGUGUUCUACAGACUCUGUACCAUCAGUGACUAAUGGGCCCUAUAAGGGGAACACUUUCCCAAACUAUAUAAACCAAAAAUCACCUGGCAGGGGAAGGAACCAACGAGUUAAGGCAACCUGUGAUGGGAGUAGUUGGGCAAAUGAGAUGGAUAAUCAGCCUUCUGGGCUUUCAGAGGAUGCAGGAGAUCUAAACGAUUUAUCUGGUAGUUGUAAAGUUGGUGAAUCUGAGCAGGAGCGUAUUCUCUCCUUGCAGGAUCCGUUAAAGUGGUCUGAGCAGCAUAUGGUUAAGAAGGAAGUAGUUUCACUGCCGAAGAAACUAAGCAUCAAAGAGCAGGCUGAUGUGGAAAGACCCUCUAAAGAUAGGACAGCAGCAGUACCGUCCUCUUCCAGAAGCCCACCGAGGAAUCCAGCCUCAACCAUUCGAUCAAAGAAUAGUAGUGCUAUUGUUGAUCCUAUUCCACCUGGGAAAGCUUCUUCAAAUGUUACCCAACAGAGUGAGAAAACCAUGCCUUUGAUGACGUCAUCCCAAAGUACUGGUGUGUCCAGACCUGAGAUCCAGAAGGUUGCAAGCCCGAAGUCGAGUGAAAAAGGCAUGGCACAGCAUGUCCCUAUGAUGUCGAGGCCCUCUAGUGCUCCUAUAAUUCCUGGUCCCAGGCCGACUGCUCCUGUUGUUUCCAUGGUUCAAACAUCCCCUCCACUCGGCCGUUCAGUGAGUGCAACUGGCCGGUUAGGUCCCGAGCCCUCACCAGCAACACAUGGUUAUGUUCCCCAGUCCUAUAGAAAUGCCAUUAUGGGUAAUGCCGUUGCUUCAAGUACUGGUGGUUUUACUCAUCCUAACUCCCAAAGUUCAGGGGUGAACCAAUCCUCAGCAUUCUCGCAAUCAGCUACCUUGAUACCUGCACCAAUGUUUUUACCCCCGAACCCUGAGACGGUUGACCCAACCACGGUCAAAUCAGGUUUUCCAUAUGGCAUGGUAAGGCAGGAUGUCUUGCAGAAUGGACCCCACUGGAUGGAGACUUCUCAAAAGGAAACCAGCAGAAACAUGCAGUAUGACCAUUCUUCCCUAGUUAAUGAUGUUCAAAACAUGGGCCUGUACAAGUCUGCACACAGCGGAUUGCAGGGAAAACUAUCCACUCAGUUCCCAGCCAGUGCAUCUGGCCGGCAGACCCAAGGUGCAUUGGCGGAUGAGUUCCCGCAUCUGGAUAUCAUUAAUGACCUGCUUGAUGAUGAACAUGGUGUUGGGAUGGGAGGAACAAGUGCAGUUUUUCAUUCUCUCGGCAAUGGGCCACAGCUAUUGAAUAGGCAGUUAACAUUUCCUUGUGAUGAGAGUGUAUCCAGUGAUGUGGGGUCCUCAUCUAGCUCUUGCAGGUUUGAGCGAUCGCGAAGUUACCAUGAUGAUGGGUUUCAACAGCACUAUCACUCUCCUGGCAGUCGUUAUGACUCAAUGAGGGAUUUCAUUCUGCAAGGCGGGGCAUUACCAUAUGUAAAUGGGCAGGUAGAUGGGUUAGUUCUGAACCAGUGGCCGGUUGCUGGUGCUGGUGCUGGUGCUGAUUUAUCUCUACUUGGCAUGAGGAACCCGGAGGGAGAUGGUUACCCUUAUUAUAAUACAGAUUAUUCAAAUCUGGCAUGUGGCGUCAACGGCUAUACAAUCUUCCGGCCUUCAAAUGGGCAUUGAAAGGAAACCAAGGUCUUGUCCAUUGUAAUAAUUUAUUUGAGGAAAUUGCUGGGUCAUAGAUUUGGAGUGAGGUUAUAAUCCUUUGAUAAGAAAACAUUUUGUAAAGAUUGUCUCUGCCUUCUUUGCUUCCAGCUCUGAAGUAGUUAAAAAAAUGAGGCUUUUGAUA